AUGUACAGGCGACUACAAGAAAAGAUUUACAGGCAUCAGCAGUCUUGGCAUGAAGCAAGAAAGAGGAACAUAUCAGGGGUGUNCUUGGAUAGGCGAAGACCUUCAAAGCGGCAGACUACAAUAAGAAGCUUUAAAGUUAAAACAAACUGGACAGAUGGCUCUUCCCAAGCCAGUACUGUUAUCUCAAGUCAACAGUCACCAUCUGACCUGCCAAGGACACAAGAACUCUCUCCAAUUCCAUCAACAUCAGAUGAGCAUCGUGAGGAUAUCUUGACAGAAUCUCAAUCUCCUAUAUUUGCAUAUGCAGCUGCUGUGUCAAAAUCAAACAAGACCCUCCACCCAGGAGAGCCACAAGAUGAUUCUCGUCAUGUUUUAAAUCAAGAUGGUCUUCUGACUGAUCAUGAUCAAUUGUCAUCAGCUGUGCCCUCCAGGACACCCGAUGAAAGCCGAAAUUCAAUUAUUGUGUUUGAGAGUCCACUGGCCAAACUUCAAACAGAUAGUGUAGAGAGCAGAGAACGAACUCCUAGUCCAUCAUCACAAAAGUUGUUGCCAGAGAAGACCCCUCUUUCAGGUCCUGGUACAUUGAAGACAAGAGCAGGUCGAAAACGAAGAAGGGAUGAUGCGGAACAAGCUGGGGACAAAGAAAUGGAAUCUUUAGAAAAUGAGUAUAGGAAAAAUAAUUUUGUGAGGCUAUUUAAUGCUGAUCAGGGAAGAAAGAACAGCAUGUCUGAGAUCACAGACCUUGAUGUUAUUCUCACAGUCAUAGAAGAAGAAGCCCUGGAAAUCAGGAAUGACAUGGAGUCAGCUGCUGGCAAGCAAGCUGUGAAGGAGUUUUUCAUUCAAAUAAGAAAAUCUUUCAGUGAAACUAUUGAUGUUUACAGAGAAAACCAAAUGCUGAGGGCCAAUCUCAGGAAGGCAAAAUCAAAAGUAAACAAACUUCGUAAAGAUCUCCUUAGUGUGCAGCAAAAGAGAUCAAGGAUCUCAGCAAAGCUUGAGAGUGAGAAAAGUAACCUUCAGCAAAACAAUGAGAGACAAAAGUUGCUGGAAGAUUUUAGCCUAUUUUUAGCCAAGCUUGAGGCAUUACAGAAAGAAUGCAGAAAAGAUUUGUCUUCAAAGAAGGCAUCAAAGGUGGUUAGUAUCAUAUAACAAUUACCAUAAUUCUACUGAAAGCACAGUGCACCAUAUUGAACCUCCAAGUAACAGUACAUGAUAACCCCUCCCUUGCCCAAAAAAUAUGUGUAGUGAAUGGAAAAAAGGAAUAUUAAUUUUGUCACUUAACAUUUUUUGUGUACAGAGUUCACAUUGUCUUUUUUUUGUUUUUUGGAAUAUACAAUGUCUGCUUGCAGUGAAGGAGCCUCUUGGUCUGGUUCCUAGGAUGGUAACCAUUAGGCAGCCAGCCCAAAAAUGUGUCCAAGAGCACUGCUAUU